AUGAUUUUUAUUUUACUUAUACAAAUUACUUAGUCUUUGAGCAUCUAUUAAUUUUUGAAUCUCACUCCCUUUUAAAUUCAAGAAUUAAAAAUAGAUACACUUUAGGAGUACUUUAUGUCAGGAUCAAUAUCAGGAUAUGUGGAAAUGAAUGAAUAUACUAAUUUAAUUGAGAAGUUGGCAAAUUCAUUUCCUAAAUAAGUAACAUUAUAAUCCUUUGGUAAUACUUAUUAAGGAACCAAAAUAAAGACAAUUAAAAUAUCACCAAACAAAUCUCCCAAAUAUUAAAUAACUAUUAUUGGUAUGUUACGUGGCAGUACUGAUUUAAUAUCAGUAAAUUAUCUCCUAUAUCAAUUAUACUAUAUCACUAUACAACUAUCUAAUAAGAAUCCAUUUAUGAUGACUUUACUUUAAGACAAGUAAUUAUGGAUAACUCCAUUAAUAAAUGCAGAUGGACUUCAAUAUAUAACAAACUAAUUUAUUUAAACUCACAAUAUACCUUAAAUAUUUAAAAAUAGAAAUCCAUCCAAUUCUAAUUAAUGUUCAUAAACUGAAUAAGGUGUAGAUCUUUCAAGGAAUUUCCAAUACAAAUUUGGUAUCAAUGAAAUUGGAUCAUCUUCUAAUUAAUGUAGUCAAAUCUAUAGAGGAAUAAGUGCCUUUUCUGAAUCUGAAACAUUGGCAAUAGAUAAUUUAGUAUAAUAAAUAAGACCAAACAUUUUAAUUGUUAUGGGUGGUGAUUAAGAUAAGUUAGUUAUUCCUGAUUCUAAUUCAUCAACCUAUUAUGAAUUACUUUAUUAAAUUUCAAAAAUAUAUUAACUCAAUAUGGGAGAAUAUGAAAAACUUUAUUAAGUUGAAAUUAAUGGUGAUUUAUGUUAAAAUUACAUUUAUUAAAUCAAUAAAGUAUGUUUCACUAUUAAUAUUGGAUAAUAUGAAUUAAAUUAGACAAUCCCGAAUUUUUAGAAUCUUUUAAUUGAUUUUUUUUAACAUUAUAGUCCUUCAUUACAGUAUAUACAAUUUAUUAUAUAUAUAGAAUAUAAUUAGAAAAGGUAUUUGAUUGUAAACAUGGAAAAAUGUUAUGUAAAGAAUUAGAAUCCAAUGAGAAAGGUUGUGUUAUCAUUAUAUCAGUAUAAAAUAUAGGCUAUAAUCAAUUUAAUGAUAAUAUAAUAAUGGAUAUAAUCUUGAAUUAAGGAGGUGAAAAAUUAUAUCAAAUUGAUUCUUAUGUUAUAGCUUAAAGUAUCAAAAAUAUAAGUGAUCCUAAAUUAUAGGAUGGUAUAAGGAUUGAUGAAAUUUCCACUGAUAGAGUUUAUAGAUAUCAAAUAGUUAAUAAUAGAAGAUUAAAUUAAAAUCAAACAAUUUAUUAUGUCUUCUUAAUUACUUAAUAUGGAUUCUCUUAUAAUUAUAUUAAUACUGUUGAAACUAUCAAUUUAACAUUUACACUUCAAAAUACUUUACUUAAUUCAUAGGUAUUAAAAACAUUGACACCUUCAGAUUUAGCUGCCAAAAAGUCUAAUGAAUAACUUCAAUAGAUAUUUCCUAAUAGACCAGAAUCUUAUGUUUUGUUGAUAUGUUUUGCAGCUAUUUCAAUUAUUUUCUUUUUCUCAUGGAUUAUUAGAAAAAUUUAUAUUUGGAUUUAUGAUCCACAUCAAUUUAUAGAAGAAAGUAAAUCUAAAAGUGGAGGAUCAUCUGAUGAAAAGAAUCUAGAUUAAUAUCAUUCACAUAAUCUAAUGGAAAGUAGAUUAAAUACAUAAAUCAAAUUAUCUUAAGUUGUUCCAUUCUAAUCAAUAAGAUAGAAUGAUUCACCUCCAUUAAGUAAAGUAACUAGCCAAUAAGGUUAACAUGAAAGUAAAACAACUAAUGAAAAUUAAUUAUUACCACAUCUAAGUCCUAUUGAAAUUGAAAAUAGAGUACAUAAAGCCUUAGAAAUAGUUUAAUCAUAAGAAGAUUUAGAUAAAUAAGAAUAACAAUUGUAAUAGAAUUACUAUAAAAAUUCAUAAUAAUAAGAAAAUUUACAUCAAAUUGAAGAAGUACUUGUUAAUACUCCAAAUAUUUAACAUAAUGAUUAAAAUGAUGAUUAAUUAGUUAAAUUUGAGGAUUGA